AUGGGCUCGAUGAUGGAAACACCCAAGGUGCCGGUCUUCGAUGCACGAUCGGUGACCCCUGAAGAAGUUGUACAAGGCCUGAUCCAUGCUGGAGGUGCUGUUAUCCGCAAUGCGAUGGACGUGGAAGAUGUACACCAAAUCGAGAAAGAUAUACGGCCUUGGUUGGAGAAGGACAAGCCAUGGAAAGAAGGAGGGUUCUUCCCUGUUGAGACAAGACGUGCUUAUGGUCUGGCCGGAAAAUCGAAGACUUUCAUCGAGAAGAUGGUCAAGCAAGAGACCUUUCAAAAGGUGUGCGAUAUCAUACUGUCCAAAACGAGCCCGGCAUGGGUAGGGCAGAAGCGCGAAGUCAGCACGUCCAAACCUCAGCUCAAUACUACCAUCGCCUUUUCAAUCGGACCUGGUGCCCACCGACAGGAGCUCCAUCGCGAUGACAUGAUACACCACAAUUAUCCCCUCAAAGGCAUCACUGCUAGCGAAUUUACCUUUGAUCGUGAAGUUGGCAUCGGAUGGUUUGUGGCAGGCAAGAAAACGACACGAGCAAACGGUGCUACCCGGUUCAUCCCUGGGUCUCAUCUUUGGGACUCGGAGCUGCCUCCAGACGAAUCUCAAGCUUUUUAUGCUGAGUUGGAGCCGGGCGACGGAUUUGUCAUGCUCUCUUCGUGCUUCCAUGCUGGUUCCGCGAACACCACGACGGAUGAAGAACGACUGCUGUACUGCUGCUUCAUGACCAAGGGCUAUCUACGACAGGAAGAAAACCAAUACCUCGCCUCGGAUCCUCAGGUCCUGAAGCAAAUGUACGACAAAGAGACUCUGAAGCUCAUCGGUUACAACCUCAGCGCGCCGUUUUUGGGCUGGGUCAACCAGCUACCGCCGCUGAAGGUUCUCUUUGGCGCAGAACUGGAGGAGGCAGAAGACCUGUUCUAG